AUGUUCAGUGAGUGUCCUAAACCCAACACAGCUGUGGAGUACGUUGCAGCUCACCUGUCUAAGAUCCACGGUCUGGACUGGCACCCUGACAACGAAUACAUCCUGGCCACGUCCAGUCAGGACAACUCUGUCAGGUUCUGGGACUACAGACAGCCCAGGAAGUAUCUGAGCAUCCUGUCCUGUCAGGUUCCUGUGUGGAAGGCCAGAUAUACUCCUUUCUCCAAUGGCCUGGUGACAGUGAUGGUUCCCCAGCUGAGACGUGAGAACAGCUUGUUGCUAUGGAGCGCUCUGGACCUCAACAGCCCCGUCCACGCCUUCGUGGGCCACGAUGACGUGGUGCUGGAGUUCCAGUGGCGUCCGCAGAAAGAAGCUUCUAAGGAGUACCAGAUGGUGACCUUGUCCAGAGACCAGACUCUGAGAAUAUGGAGGCUGGAUCCACAGCUACAGAAGCUGUGUGCCAACGACCUGGUAGAGGAUCCGAUAGAGGGGAUCAGCCUAACUACCGAGUCAGAGAAGAGCCUUCCCUCCCAGGACCCUGAACCCACCAUACACAGCUGUGGCCUGCCAGCCGAACACCUGCAGGACCAGGCUGGUGCUCUGACCUCCGGUGGUAGACAUGACCCCUCUGCUCUGCCCCAGACACUGCAGCAGGAGUUCUCUCUGGUCAACCUGCAGAUCAGAAACGUCAACGUGGAGAUGGAUGCGGUGAACCGUAGCUGUGUGGUGUCAGCCGUGUUCGGGACCAACCAGGUCCACCUGGUGGUGAAGUUCCCUUCCCACUACCCCAACAACGCUGCUCCAUCCUUCCAGUUCAUCUCCCCCACCACCAUCCCCACAGCCAUGAGGACCAGGAUACAGAAGAUCCUGACAGACACGUCACUGCAGAAGGUCAAGAGGAAUCAGAACUGUCUGGAGCCCUGUGUUAGACAGCUGGUGUCCUGUCUGGAGUCUUACAUGACCCAGGAGGAUGGUAGUGCUGCCAACCCGUACGUCCUGUCUAACCCCGUGACCCCUGCUCUGCCAGCCUUCCCCCGGGUCACCAACACCUACGGCUCCUACCAGGAUGCCAACAUCCCCUUCCCUCGUACCUCCGGGGCUCGCUUCUGUGGCACCGGCUGCUUGGUGUACUUCACAAGACCCAUCACUAUGCAUCGCUCGGUACCACCCACUGAACCCACACCCAGGUCCCUGUCGGCCCUGUCUGCGUACCACAGUGGGGUCCUGACUCCUAUGAAGAUGCGUAGUGAGUCUCAGAGCUCUCUGAGGCUGUACAGUGGCAGCCCCACCCACACGGACAAGGACCAUGUCUCCAUAUCAUCAUUCUACUACAAAGAACGGGUGAGACACACACUGGGUUGCGAAGGACACACACAACACACACUGGGGAGGGUAGGACACACACUGGGGAGCUGCCCACUCAAGAAAAAGCUUCAACCUGUAACCAGUGCCUGCAACCUGGUUCAGAAACCCAACACAGCUGUGGAGUACGUUGCAGCUCACCUGUCUAAGAUCCACGGUCUGGACUGGCACCCUGACAACGAAUACAUCCUGGCCACGUCCAGUCAGGACAACUCCGUCAGGUUCUGGGACUACAGACAGCCCAGGAAGUAUCUGAGCAUCCUGUCCUGUCAGGUUCCUGUGUGGAAGGCCAGAUAUACUCCUUUCUCCAAUGGCCUGGUGACAGUGAUGGUUCCCCAGCUGAGACGUGAGAACAGCUUGUUGCUAUGGAGCGCUCUGGACCUCAACAGCCCCGUCCACGCCUUCGUGGGACACGAUGACGUGGUGCUGGAGUUCCAGUGGCGUCCGCAGAAAGAAGUACCAAUGUGGUUCUGUGGUGUGAUUGUUCGACAUCGUACCAAUGUGGUUCUGUGGUGUGAUUGUUCGACACCGUACCAAUGUGGUUCUGUGAUGGAUGCGGUGAACCGUAGCUGUGUGGUGUCAGCCGUGUUCGGGACCAACCAGGUCCACCUGGUGGUGAAGUUCCCUUCCCACUACCCCAACAACGCUGCUCCAUCCUUCCAGUUCAUCUCCCCCACCACCAUCCCCACAGCCAUGAGGACCAGGAUACAGAAGAUCCUGACAGACACGUCACUGCAGAAGGUGAAGAGGAAUCAGAACUGUCUGGAGCCCUGUGUUAGACAGCUGGUGUCCUGUCUGGAGUCUUACAUGGUGAGACGCAUACAUUUUAAAUACUUUUUAAAAUGUUUAAUCCACGAAUCACAUUACAUCAAGAACCGUUCAAACAUUUCGAAGGUCUUGGACACAAUGACACUCGUGGACAAUGUUCCCUCUAAGAAGAAAUGCCAUGUGGCACAGAGAAGUCAGAAGUUUACAUACACUUCAGCCAAAUACAUUUAAACUCAGUUUUUCACAAUUCCUGACAUUUAAUUCAAGUAAAAAGUCUUUGUUUUAGGUCAGUUAAGAUCACCAUUUUAUUUUAAGGAUGUGAAAGGUCAGAAUAAUAGUAGAGAGAGUGAUUUAUUUCAGC